AUGGGGGGAGCGCUUGAAAGCAGCGUGGUUAGGGAUGCAUUUGCUUGUGCAAGUCGGCAUAUGAAAAACAUUCUUUUUGGAACCAUUAUUGCCAUUGGAGUUACCAUUUUUGCGGUGAUUGUAAUUACUUUUAUUCUGUGCCUCACCUGUUCAUGUUGCUGUUUAUAUAAGGCAUGUCGAAGACCACGGCCUGUUGUGACCGCCACUACUGCCACCACAGUGGUUCAUGCUCCCUAUCCGCAACAACCCAACUACCCUGUACCUCCUCAAGGCUAUCAUCCCGUGGCUAUCCAGCCGCAACCGGGAGUGCCAGUGGCACCGUACCCUGCACAGUACCCUCCCCCUUACCCCAUGCAGCCGUCAGGACCCCCAGCUUACCAUGAAACGAUGGCAGCUGGAGCUGGAGCACCUUACCCAGUCAGCCAGCCCCCCUACAACCCUGCUUACAUGGAUCCUCAGAAGCCCACCUAUUAA